AUGUUUUAUCCUCCAUCCCUGUCAGAUACAGCAAUUGAGAAACAAUUUGCAAUAGAAGGGGCAAAACGGCGUCGAUGGAUAGAAAGCUCUGACGAUGUUGACUGUAAGAUUGGUAAGUGCACAUUGACGUAUGCUGAUCUUGAAGCGAUUUAUGAAGUACACACUAGGCCUGAUGAUAUUGAUGGUACUUACCACAACCAGAUUGUCGAGCUCGGACUCCCGGAAUAUUUACCUGCAUCUGAAUGCCAGUCCAAGUCUGCAUAUAGAGUUUUCGUAAUCGAGCAUGAUGAUUUUACUUUCCAAGCAUACACUGGACCAGGCUUGAUUGUUUUUGAUUAUAUCACCAAGCACCGAGCUGGAGAAGCUCCCAGACCAUUCUUCGCCGAACUAGCUCUGGUGGUGUAUCAGAAAGACUUCACCCUUGCAGGUCUAAAACACAUUUUUUUCACAAACGUGGUCAAUUAUGAGACGCUAACAUACAUCAGUGAGAGGCUCUGGACAAACUCCAGCUCAUCUGUCUAUGACGAUUUCACAGAAGAGGAAAAGUACAAGCAAAGUUGGAAACCCGACACGGAUGUAUACGACACCUUGAUGGGCACGCGAAUCGGAAAACUGGCUUCAUAUGUAGUUUUGGGUGGAUUUAAUAGAGGUACUCGACAAAUCACACAAAUUACUAUCUGGCCAGGAUUCAGAUGUGCUACUUGUUUCAUGCGAUUUGACAUUAAGGAGAUGUCUCCCUAG